AUGGCGUCUUCAAUAGAACAAUUCGACGACCCUCUUGUUCUUGAUCGCAUUGGCCCUAAGCAUGAUAUUCUAUGCUUCAAGACGGCUGCAGCCAGCAUGAGCUCACAUUCGUUCAUACUCGCUGCGGGCAUCGCCAGUUGCUCAGAUAACCAGCAGGACUGCUUGGGAUCCGCGCAAGUUUGUGAGGCUGUCGUGUGUUAUCUUUCCGGCCUUGUCCGUCUCAUCAACCCCGUCAAACUUCGCAAGGAACCGCCUUUGGCCAAUCACUUCCAGUACGAGUCGUUUGAUCUGGAUCGCCCAGGAUUUCGACCAGUCAGGUUAGAAGCGGGAUCGAGCCACGAUCCAAUCCGUUGCCACCUUUCCCAAGCUUAUCUAGACGAUAAGGAAACCAUCAUUCCGUACGAAGCGUUGUCAUACUGCUGGGGCUCUAGCACUUCACCACGGCACACAAUUCUGGUGGAUGGAAGAUUUCUCUUCAUUACAGAGAAUUUAUUCGACGCCCUGAAAAACCUGAGACAAGAAGCCGAAGAGCGCAUACUUUGGGUUGACGCUCUUUGUAUCGACCAAAGCAAUGUCCGAGAGCGCGGACACCAGGUUACAUGGAUGGGGAAGGUGUACGAGCACGCUGAACGAGUUUAG